AUGAGGAAGGUUCCCACAGCCUGCAUCGAGGCAGAACGAAGCGAUUCACUUUGUCACAGCUAUGGAUGCUUUGACUCAAGUGAUACUCAAAUCAGUGCAACACUGGAUGGUGAUGAAAUAUACUAUGCUGACUUUAAAAAAGAUCUUCUGAUUUGGGACAGCAAAAUACCCACAAGUGUUCGUCCUGAGUACGCUUACGAAUCUGCAGUUUUCUUCCGAAGUAUGUGCAAAGCUUUAAUCGGCAGAUGGAAGCCAGACAAGUCAGUGAUAAAGAAAAAAGAGCCACCAAAAAUCAUCAUCUACCCCAGAGAUGAAGAGAUAGCCGGGGAAGAUAAUACCCUCAUCUGCUUCAUCAACUACUUCUUUCCUCCUUCAAUCAAUAUAACGUGGACCAAGAAUGAUGUCGUAGUAAGCGUGGAAGACCCUUUCAUCAAAUGUUUCUCCAAUCCUGAUGGGACCUAUUAUGUUUUCUCCUACCUCGACUUUGUCCCAGAGAAAGGAGACAUCUACAGUUGCACUGUGGAUCAUGAAGCACUGGAAGAACCUCAGACCAGGCUUUGGGAGGUUGAAAUUGAUGAGAUCAGCAUUGGUCCGGCUGUUUUCUGUGGACUUGGCCUGAGUCUUGGAGUUCUUGGAGUUUUCGCAGGAAUAUUCUUUUUUGUAAAAGCAGGCCACUCUGGUGCUGCCAGAUGAGAUGUUCAACACAUUUUCUACAGUGCAGUGUUAAUUUUGACAGCAAAUUUUGAUUUAGUUUUAGUCAUAAUUUGGUCAUCUGAAUAGUUUUAGUUUUAGUCGACAAAUUAUGGUAAGA